UAGUUCCAAUGGCCUUGGAUUUCCACUAAAACGACAACAUCACCAUCAUCAUCUCAUCAAACCAAGAACGAACAAAAGCUCCAAUUUUGAAUGGAGCAAAGCUACCCCAAUAGCAAGUUCAAGAGGCUCUGUGUCUUUUGCGGCAGCAACUCCGGCAACCGACAAGUCUUCAGUGACGCUGCCAUUGAAUUGGCCAAUGAAUUGGUUAAGAGGAACAUUGACUUGGUGUAUGGGGGAGGAAGUGUUGGGCUAAUGGGCUUAAUAUCCCAGAGAAUGUAUGAUGGUGGCUGCAAUGUUCUUGGGAUUAUUCCAAAAGCUCUCAUGCCUCUCGAGAUAUCUGGUGAAACAGUUGGUGAAGUAAAGAUUGUUUCUGAUAUGCAUGAGCGAAAAGCUGCAAUGGCUGAAGAAGCUGAUGCAUUUAUUGCUCUCCCUGGAGGAUAUGGAACUAUGGAAGAGCUGUUGGAGAUGAUAACUUGGGCCCAACUCGGAAUUCAUAAAAAACCGGUUGGUCUACUGAAUGUUGAUGGUUACUAUAACUGUUUGCUUGCAUUAUUUGACAAUGGUGUUGAGGAGGGUUUCAUUAAGCCUGGCGCUCGGAAUAUAGUUGUCUCAGCUUCAUCAGCCAAAGAACUUAUGACGAAGAUGGAGCAAUAUUCUCCUUCCCAUGAACAUGUAGCCCCUCAUGAGAGCUGGCAAACAAAGCAACUGGGUGAUUAUCCAGGACAAGAAAAUGCAGAAUGAAACUUUGAUUGGUUGAAGGCUUUUCCAAAAC